AUGAGACGUCAACAAAAAGUUGCCCGUAUCUCUCUGUUCUCUGGUAUUAUGACUCCUCGUGAUAAAGAUUUUGUCACAAGAAUCCAGCUUUCUCAUAUUGUUACAGAUGAUCCAUAUAAUGAAGAUUUCUAUUGUCAAGUUUAUAAGUUAUUGAAAAGUGGAGAACAAAUCAAUGAUAACAACUCCAUUGCUCAAGCCUACUUAGACUUCUCGGGUCAUAGAUUAGGUGGUCGCCAUCAAAGAGCCGAUGUUGCCUUACAAAGAAUGCAACAACAAGUUCAAAAAGCUGUUACUGUCGCUAAAGAUAGACCAAGAACAGGUCAAUUUGCUAAAGAAGGUUCAUUGGGUAAAAUUUCAUUCUCAUCUGGUAAAGCCCCAAGAAAACAAUUGGAAAUUGUUGCUCAUAAACCAGAAUUACCAGAAAUUUCUAAAGUUGGUAAAAAAUUCAUUUUGCUACAAUUGGAAAAUAUCUAUCAACAUGUUUUAAACUUGGAAUCUGCUGAAAGAGAAGGUCUAGAGUUAAACACUGAACAACUAUGGGAAUCAUUAAGAUUAUUCGAUAACUCACAACAACUAAAUCCAUUCAUUCAAAUGUUAUCACAUACCAAAGGUUUAAAGAUUUUCCCAAGAAUUUUCCAUUUCUUGAAUAGACAACAAAAACUAACUAUUGUUACUUUAAUCUUUGCCAAUUUAUCACUUAUCAAAAUCAUUUCAAAAUCAUCAUUUAAGAAUUAUCCAAAUGAUGAAAUUCCAACCGAUGUUGCUAAAACUAUUGAAAUUUUCCAACUAGUUGUUUUGAAACCAAUUGUUUUAUUUUUAUCAUACGAUGCAGUUUUAGAUGAGAUUAUUGGAUUAUUGACCAUUUUAAUUGAACAUAAUAAUGUUUCUUUCCUUUCAACUUCACAAUUGGGUAUUUCCUUAAUUACUAUAUUAUUAUCAAGAGCUGAAAUUAUUAAACAAGAACAUAGUGUUUCAAGUGAAGAUUUAGCCUCAUGGACCACUGCUUAUGAUAAAUUGUUUUCAUCAUUGGAGACUAAAUUAUCAUUAAUUUUCCCAUCUUCAGAAUUGAAAAGUGAUGGCUCAUAUCUAUGGCAAUUUUUAGCAAGUUUAGCAUUAAGUGGUAAACUUAAUCAUCAAAGAAUUAUUGUUGAUGAAAUUAGAGAUGAAAUCUUUGGUGCUGUUCAAAAGGCUAAAGGCAAAGAUGAGAUUAGUAAGGCUAAGAUUAUUAACAAUUUGAACUUGUUCUUGAAUGUUAUUGGAUUGAAUGCAAUUGGCGAUGAAAUUGUUGAAUUGAAAUAG